GUCACACGCCGACACUCCCCAGUAGAGGGAGAAAGAUGGCGCCCACACACGUACUGAGAUGCUGUCAACGGGGUUUAGCAUGGAUACCUGUGAUUUUUAUCGCCCUGGUCGUUUGCUGGUCGUAUUAUGCUUAUGUGGUGGAGCUUUGUAUAUUCACCAUCCCCAGUAAAGGAGAGCAGAUUGUCUACCUGAUCUUCUUCCACCUCUCUUUCAUCAUGUUUGUGUGGUCAUACUGGAAGACCAUCUUCACCAAGCCUGCCAACCCCUCCAAAGAGUUCUGCCUGCCCAAGGCUGAGAAAGAGCGCUACGAGAAGGAAGAGAGGCCCGAGUCCCAGCAGGAGAUCCUGUGGAGAGCUGCCACAAGUCUGCCUCUGUACACCCGCACAGGAGCCGGAGCAAUCCGCUACUGUGACCGCUGUCAAGUCAUCAAGCCAGACCGGUGUCAUCACUGCUCCGCGUGUGACAUGUGUGUGCUGAAGAUGGACCACCAUUGCCCCUGGGUGAACAACUGUGUAGGAUUCUCCAACUACAAGUUUUUCAUCCUCUUCCUGGCCUACUCGCUGGUGUACUGCCUGUUCAUUGCAGCCACCGUACUGCAAUAUUUCAUAAUGUUCUGGACAAAUGAGCUGCCAGACACUCACGCCAAAUUCCACGUCUUGUUCCUUUUCUUUGUGGCGGCCAUGUUCUGCAUCAGUAUUCUGUCCCUCUUCAGCUACCACCUGUGGCUUGUAGGGAAGAACCGGUCCACUAUAGAGGCGUUCAGAGCACCAGUCUUUAGGACGGGAUCUGAUAAGAACGGCUUCUCUCUGGGUUUCCGGAAGAAUAUCGCUCAGGUCUUUGGAGACCAGAAGAAGUACUGGCUGCUGCCUAUCUUUACCAGCCAAGGAGAUGGUCUGACGUUCCCUGCACGGCUGGUUAAUGCUGAUGUAGAGCAAGCUACAGUGACCCUGCAUCCAGAGCCUGAUAAGAGUGCUGCCGAGGUACCUGUGAGCCCAGUCAGCGAGUCCCAGAACCGCCUCCUGAGCAACAACCAGCAUGCCAACAACAUCGGAGACCAUCUGGCUGAUAACGACAUUAAAUCAGCUGAAAGUGAAACCAUUAUGAUCUCCGUGGAGAGCGAGUCCUAACCAGGAGAAACUCCUCUAUCAUCUUAUACGAUGCCUUAAGCAACGCAAUGGUUUAGAUCGUCACCAUGGCAACAGCCUCCCAGCGCAACCUCAUCCCCACGAACCCGUUCAGAGUAACUAUGGAAAAGCAUUAUUGGAUUUUUUAUUUUAUUUUUUUUUUUGCCAUCACGGCACAGUAAUGCAUCUUUGGCAUCGGCAUUUUUGCAUGCAGUGCCAUGAGCAAGUCUCCCACCCCCACAGGACAUGUGAUACAAGCUGGUUCCCUCUCGCACCAACACACACACGCACGCGCGCCUACAGUCACACAUGUAUUUCCUGGGGUAUGUUUAUUUUUAUUUUUAUCACAACUGGAGCAUUUAUUGAUGGUGAGAAAAUUGAAGAAUUCUGGAGGGAAUAUGAGCUACUUUUGGUGUUUAAUGAGAGAACUUUUUGUGCCAAAAGCUUCCUGGAUGCACCAGGACUCAUUUUAUAGGCACAAAUCUGCAGUAUAGAGUGGGGGACAGGCAGUGUGUUUGUUUUGAACAUUUCUCUUCUGUGUUUUUUAGAAAGGCGGUACGUUCCACAGAGAUGGAGUUUACCCGUGUGACUUAUUUUUUUAAUUAGAUUAUUAUUAAUUUUCUUUUUGGUCUUUGAUUUGUAACUCAUAAUGUUGGAGCGCAUCUGUGCUCUGCACCUUUUGAGACUGAUGUUUCCCACCAAAUCCUGGACUACAGAAGACUUUACCGCAUGGUUCAGUGGACUGAACCAGUGCAAAACAGCUGGGUUUUGGAUGCCGUUUUGGAUAUCGGAGCACAAGAUGGCACAUUAAGCACUUUGUAGAUUAUUGAUGUCCAUCAAACAUAAUGGGCUGGGGUUUUUUUUGUUUGUUUGUUUUUGUUUUUUAUUUUUUAAAACAUGUCCAAAAAGCAUCCCAGGUAUAACAGUUGGAUGACCAUGUGAUCUAUGGCGUAUUGGGGGCGGGGUGUGUGUGUGUAACAGUUGAAGUGGCAGUCUUUUCUUCUUUUUUUUUUUUAAGAACUAACAGACUAAAAGAGAUCGGCUUUGUGUUUUGUAGCCAACCUGUGUUAAAACAUGCUGCUUCUAAGUGGACAGUUUGACCUGGGAGAUGUAUUUCACACAGUGCAAUGUGCGGUCUCCGGCACUACCUGUUCUUUAAGACUCCGUUAAUUAUUUCAUAUGCCGAACAGUGAUUCUUCACCCACCAUGUCUACAUCCUGUUUUUCUACAGCUCAACCUUUUUACUAAGACAUGUCAUAAAAACACUCAUUGCCAAAUAAGGGCUGACCUGUCAGGAGCUCUGACCUCUGAACCUGAAGUGUUUACAACAUCUUAGCUUUAUCUUAACCUCAUUGGCCAAUGUCAUCAUAACCAAAUUCUAUUUACCAGUUGUUGUGGCGAAAUAUUUUAUACAAGUUUCAUCUGUCCCACCUGCCUGUAGUGGGCUAUGAUGUCCUUGCAAUACUAGUGCUGGCCAGCAGGUGGCGUCAAUGCUCCUGUUAUCUGCCCUCAUUCAGAGAUGGAGGUUUUUCUGAACUUUAUCAGCAUGUGGCUCAGGGCUCAAUUCACUUUCAGUCUAAUUUGCAGGUGCCGCUUUUGUCAAAAUUAAAUAAAAUAUUUUCAUAAUAUGUAAUAUCCAUUAUUUUCCGGUAAUGACCCAUGCGUAUUUAAUUUGAAAUGAAAGUGAAUUGAACCCAUCUGAUUUUACUGUAAAAUAGAGGUGUCGACUGCAGCUUAUGCUCACCUUGUCUACUCUGGAAGUCAGCUCAGUGUUGUGAACUUGAACUGUUCAAGGCUUGUGCAAAAAUGUAACUGAACUGUCUUGUGUUAGUGUUGAACAUCUGGGAUGUGACUGACUUUCAAAGGGUAAUUUCUGUUUUUUAGUUUCACAUAUGUUGGUGUCCAAAUGACUAGUAGAUACAACAGCGCACCGGCUGCAGUGACUGCAACAUACUACAUGCUUUAGAGACAGUUGCACCAGUCAAAAUGUCCAUUAAAAAGUGCUUCUUUUGCCAAUGACAGGCUUAGACUGUUAUACCAGCUGUCUAACAACAGUAUGUGUUGGAGUAACGUUAAGAGAGUCCUGCUAGCUGUUCCUCUAUGCGCACAACGUACUCCUGUCUCCAACUGUGACUCGCAUUACCACCAGCGUCCUCCUCUUAUGAGAUUUCAGACCGAGAAUUGUCCUUGAGCGAGACUUCUGUUUUCUGGUUAAAAACAAGGGGUGUUACUCGUAGGGAUCCUUUCCAUGGUGUUGUCAGACACCUCGUAACAGUUUGAGUCUGUCAAUGGCAAAAAAGCACUUUUGUGGAUGGACUUUUGGCGGGCACAAUACAUUGCAGCCAGUUUUUUGCUGAAGCCAUCUACUGCACAGAACGUUUUGUUCGUACUAGUCAUUUUGACAGCAAAAGAUGUGAAACAGGUUUAAAAAUACCAAAAUUAUCCUUUUAAGAGGGUCUAAAAAAAUAUAUGUAAAGGAAGAAUUUUUAAAGUUGCAGAGAAUUUGAUUUCAUCUGUUCAUCCACCUGUGAAUAUCUGCUAAAUAAUGGACUAUUUUGUCAGUAUAACCAAAUAACAAUUGUUCAGGAAUGAGUAACAUGCUUUCUUUUUUCAAGGAACUUUAGUAUUUAUAUGCAACUUUCCGAUUCACACUGGAGGGAGACCCAGCAAAGUCCAGAUGUCUGUCAUUGCUCAUGUCCAUCUGAUCCUGUCCUGGCCAGUUGCUGGACGAGCCUCCUACUAACUAGAUCCCACCAGACUCCGGUGAUGUACAAGUUUACAGCUGUUUCUAUCAUGUGGAGUGAGUUAGUGGUGUUGUACUGUGUGUUUCUUGGUAAUCCUUGUUGUGCAGAAUGUACCACAGAUGUGACAGAUUUUAACGACUGAUGGGAGCGUUAAAAAGAUCCCGCUCUUUGGACUUGUUAUGUUUUAUCCUUCCAGUCAUGUUUGACCAUCUUGAGCCCAGUUGUGUUUAUAAUCGCUCUUUACAAACAGGUGAUUGGAUGAUGUGUGGAUUAUACUCAUGGUGGCGGAGUAUCAGAAUCACACUUUGAUUUGAUCUCAAAUUAGCUCCAGAUCCAGAUACCGUCAGAUCACGACCGAAGCCAUUUAUAUGUUCGAUCAUGUAUAGAUCAUUUUACACCUUUCACUUAAAACAUUUAGCUAAAGGAAAAAGACAAACAUUGUGUAUCACCUGUAAGGAGCCUGGCUCAUUCCACUCAUCACUUACAGCCACUGGUUCUAAAACAUUGGACCUGUCUUCUUGUUGUUUUACAAAUUGCCUAUAUUCUUGCUGUGGGCCGUUUGGCUUCGAGACUAAAGUGAGCGUGUAUUUUGUAAUGCUUAAUUGAUUGUUUUGUAAUAUUGUCGUUUUGGGAGGAAAUGCUUCUGUGCAGCCAUGAGUUUUACAUGUCUGUGUACAUACAAAACGUCUAGGACUAAUGCUCAGAAGCAUGCCGCCUAACUUAUGUAAAAAUGUGUUUUACCAUGGUAAAGGGGCGGGGGGGUAGUGGCGUUAAAACAGACAUCGGGGUUUGUCAGCUAUUGCAGGUGGGUCAUGUUUAACAUUAGCUUUACUCUGGUCUGUCUCAACUUUACAAAUGAAGCCAUAAAACCUCCUGUGAAAAUGGAGGAAGGAAUUUCAGUCUAGUUUCAGUGGUGAUCUUUUAGACUGAAUAAAAACAUUUUUACAUCUGUAUUCACAUUGCAGAUGUAGUCUAUCAUAACUUGCUUAUUGCUACAUUUUGCUUUCUUUUUGUUACAAUGUCAUAUUUUACUGUGUGUAUAUAUAUUGAUAAUGUAAGAAAAAGACUACAUAUAUUUUUCUUGUCUUUCAGAUUAAUUUUACUGUUAUUUUGUGAAUGAAGUACAUGCCUCCACAUAAUUAACGUGAAAAUAACAAUAAAUGUUUUUUUUAAACCUCCA